CGUCUUCCUACCAACACAGGCUGCCCCGCCUAAUAGAUCACCACCGCACCGCACCACACCACAUUCUUGGGUCGAAUUGACUCGAAAAGAUUCGAAAACUCGUCAUGGUUCCUGGCAAUAGACCGGGUUCGCCAUUCUUGCACCGACGCGCACUGGUCUUGCGCCUUUCGCAGCAGUCCGUCAAAAUCGAAAAGGUCGCAGACAUAGCGAGCAAGUCCAGCGGCGACGAGUACUGGUCCUUCGAACUCCCACCCAAAAAAGGCACCGAUUGCUGGGACUUGUAUAUAAGCAGGGACGAGACAAAGGUCAGGGCAAUCAAGCCGACGCAAAGCUCGAACGAGGAUUUCUUCAUUGGGCGGUUGAGUUUGCAGAAACUCGGGACCUGGGAUCAGAUCCUUAGGAGGAGAGGGAAACUGGACAAGGUCUACAUCGCAAAGCCGCAACGAUUUCAAUAGCUACCAUCUUUGCGGGUGGCAACGUGCAUUAUCAGUUAUAUGGAUAUUAAGGGAAUGAUUUGGUGCGUUUUCUUUGUUCGGGGUUGGCCAUGGGACGCGGGAAGUCUAUUAUCAUUAUAUACAAACACGGCCAGAGUUACGAGAAAUGAUCCAGGUUCCUAAGACGUUGAAUAAAUUCUACUCUCUCAUGCUGCAGUGGAUUAUAUUCAUAAAUGCUGCC